GACAAAUGAAAUGUGAUUGAAACCUCCAUUAUCUCUUUUGUUUGGAGAAGGAGAGUACACUGAGACGACAUGGGUGUAAAGCUGUCAACUGCGCGUAAAAAGAGUGAGUUUGGACAACAGAAUAUCAAUUUAGCAACUCAACGGGACAAGUAUUAUAACAUCAAUGACACCACUUAUUCUUUCGUCAAUGGAGAUGAUGAUAUGGACUUCGAGUGCAAUGACUAUAAGUCUCUCAGAGCAAAGAUGUCCUGUGGUCAUGCUGUCACCCCGAUGUCUCUCACCAACUGGUGUCGCAGGUUGUUGGACCAGGGUGAGUGCAGAUUUGUGUGUGGCCAGACUGACUGUGAUGUUGAGUGGACGUAUGAAGAAGUUUGUAAAAUGGCUCUGCUGACCCCUGAAGAAAUGGAUUACUUUGAAAAGAAACUGUUCCGUAAUGCUGCCAAGAACCACUUCGACAUCAAAUUAUGUCCUGGCUGCAAGUGUUCUGUGGUGAGAACUGACCUGGAUAAUCUCAGGGUCUGCUGCACAGCGUGCACAGCUAACAACAAUGAGGCCUUCUCAUUCUGCUGGCAGUGCCUGAAUGAAUGGAAACAUCCAUCCCCAUAUUCAGACCGUUGUGCGAAUGAAGGUUGCAUCAACAAAUCACUAGAAAUAUUGAUGACCUGCCCGGAUAUCACCUUCAAGGAUGUGAGGGGGGUCACUGGCUGUCCCUCCAUCCGUGCCUGUCCCACCUGUGGUCUGCUGGUGGAGCAUGACAGAACUAACUGUAAAAAUGUCACAUGUCAGCGGUGUAAGGUGGAGUUCUGUUUUGUGUGUCUGAAGCUCGCUAAAGAGUGCCUGAAGCUGAGGGAAUUAUCAUACUACAUAAUUUGCCCCAGUGGUGUCGCCCCAAGACAGACCUCUAUACCUGUGUGGAAAAGGAAAUAGACUGUGAGUGCAUCAGCUUCUAUUGAUUUUACACUGUACUUUUUUGUUUUUUGAAGAUACCUAGUUUCUUUACAGUGUCAUGUAUCUA